AUGCGGAAACUAGCAGGAACUAGCUGGGGAGCAAAUGAGACAAUCCUCAAGAGAGUAUAUCAAGGAACUGUACGGCCGCAUCUUGAAUACGGCUCAUCAGCCUGGUCAACCACUGCAAAGACCAACCAGCAAGCUUUAGACAAGGUUCAAAACCAAGCUCUGCGAAUCAUAACGGGAUCCAUGAAGUCUACACCCAUUAAAGACAUGGAAAAAACUGCAGCAAUACAACCCCUUGGUGAGAGGAGAGAUGCCAAGAUCAUGAUCCAGGCAGAGAAAUUCAGGUACCUGCCCAAUCAUCCAAUGAAACAAAGAAUGGAUUGGUCUGACAAAGAAUCCGUCUCAAACGUAGCAGUUUCAUCCACCAAAGUAGAAGACUUACUAGAGAACACCAAGCUAACCCGUUACCAAGACACUUCCAUUUUGCCCAACAGAUCUUCACAACCAGGAAUGAUGAACAAGCCAAUCUACAGAUCAGCAUGUCUGUCCACAGUUGGCUUCAGCAGACUCCCAAAACGACCUGGUCAAACGGUCACUGGCAAUGGCUAUGAUCAGUGA